CAACGCAACGCAACGCACUGUUAUCCAUCGUGUAUCAAGUCGGUUUCUGCUGCCCCGUCGUGUCUGUCCUCUCCUCUCCUUCUCCUUCUGACAAGCAAUCCAGGAUGAGAUGACCAUUUUUCUCCCCUUCCUUUCGGAAACUCGUCAUCAUCUCUUCCCAUUCCUCCCUUGCCGUCACUCACUUUCACUUCAUUCGACAAACUCGAUCAACCCGGCCUGUUCAUUUGUUGGUUGUUUCUCUUCCUGUCUGCCGCGGCUGCAUGUAGAUCCUGAACAGGCUCGACAGGGACGGAGCGAGGAUUUGCAUCGCAUUGGACAGACAGAUUUACUUCACUUGGACUGGUCUGGUCUGGUUUCUAUUCUUCAACGACCGACCACGUUGCUGUCCUGCUUCCUUCUUCUUCUCCUCCUCCAACUCAUUUGGUUCUUGAUUCACCAGUGCCUCAUUUGGACGUCUCCUCCACCCGCAAUCUAUCUCGCGCCCUGGUGGACUUCUCCACAGUCCAGAUUCGGUUGCCAAGCACUAUCCAACAACAGCUUUUUAAUCUGUCUCCGACACUUCGAUAGGUGGGCCGUAGGUUCCGUGGUUCUGUUUGUUCCUGAAAUCUUUGGCCUGUUCGGUGCCGGUUCUCGUUGGCUCACCGCGGUGUGGCUUCGGUACCUAUUCAAUCAAUAAAACAGCCUUGCGUCCCUGUCUUCACUCCCUUUCGUCGUCCGGCUCUGGUCUCGACCUCGAAUUUCUGGAUUCAAUGUCUUGAUGUCCCUUCCCUAAUUUAUUCUUCCUGUGCAGGCACAAUAGCACUUUCAUAGACCCAUUCAACGGUCGAUCUUCUUUGCACGACGUACGAGUUCUUCGAUUCAUUUUCUCAAAUACCAAAAGUACUUGCUACGCUCCUUCAGUUAUUCAAACAGUACGAUUUCUGCGAUUCGGUUCAGAAACGCCCCCUUCACUUUGGCUGCGCCAUUUAUUUUCAAAUGCCACCUCGCCUUGACUUGAAGAAAACCUAUACACACGCAGAUAUGAUUCUCUCGUCACGGAAGUCUCCUCGGCUGAGCUUACGACCAGGGAAAUACGAUGGCUCGGAUCGAGGUCCCACAUCCUCGACUUCUUCUCGGUUCAGCUUCCAACAUCUGAUUGUCUCACCACCUCCUUCUCCUGGACUUCCAGCUUCAGUGCCCAGGCAUGGGAAGCCAACACCUACCCAUACACCGAGGAGAUGUCUGAGGGCAGCGUGCUGGGUGGUUGGUGUAUUGACGAUGUUAUACGUGGGACUACGAUUCAUGAGAUUACAGUUAGAUCAAGUUAGGCGGCCUGUGGGUUGGAGUACACACUCUGGGGAGGAGUUUGAGAUUGUUGGAGAAGAUGAAUUGCCAGAUUUCCCAACCCCGGUUGUGGUUACAGACAAACGGGGGAGAUCCAAGUGGACCGUUUCAAUUCCUCCGGAUCACGAAUUCCCUCUACAACCCAAGCAAUAUGCAGAGAUAUGUCAGCAGAACAUGGAGGUUGCGAAUCAUGUUGCAGAUUUACAUGCUCAUAUUCAUAAGCAGCAUUUCCAUCACAAUUACUACCACGUGGACCAGAAUUUCAUGGAUGUAGCUGAGGCGGAAUUCUAUGGAUUGCUCCCUGGACCCAAAGCAAAGACGACGAUGAAGGAAGGGGGGUCGCUGGUAGGAGAGAAUACGGAUGGGUUGAUCGACUCGAAGGAAUGCGAGAAGACUUUGAUUUUCGUGAUGGAGACAUCGGAUGCCGGAUUGGGAAAGACUUUGAUGAUGAUGUGGACUGCCUACGGAUUGGCGCAGAAGGAAGGAAGGGAUUUCUUUGUCGAUGACUCGAGAUGGGCAUACGGCAGCUAUACCAACUACUUUCGUUCUCCGCCAAAUCCAGGCUGCAGACCCCCACCAAGACACGAGAUGCUUCCUUGUCCACAUCAUGCCCGCCAUCUGGUGGUAUCAGCUGGAACAGCUCCCUGGACGCUAGGAGGAUCAUUCAAUGAAGAGUUCGAAGACCCCCGCAAGAUGGAGGUCUAUCGCCAGAAGCCAAUUUAUGCGUUAGCUCGUGCUGGCUAUGAGGCACUUUUCAAGCUUAACGAUGGGGAUCAGAAAUAUGUUGAGGACCGCAUCUCCGUUCUCCUAGAUAAGACUGUUCGGCCCCCACCAGAAACAGAGAAUGGCAUCAUCAUUGGCGUCCACGUUCGUCAUGGUGACAGACACCCUUACGAGUUCCAGUACAAGGAUGCAUAUGUUCCACUCGAUCGGUACGGCGAUAAGGCACGAGGGAUCCUUUACGAUACUUUCAACAGCUCAGGGCCGGGUGGAGAAGAGAACUUGAUGGCUGAGAUGCACAGUAUCUUCGUCGUAGCAUCCGACGACCCAGACGUUUACGAUUCGGACGAAUUCUCUCAUGCAGUAAGAGCUCAAGAACUCAUUCGCCUGGCCUCGAAGAAAAGUGUCGACUCUGCCAAGCCAACUGGCGGCGCAAUCCGCAAAUUUGUCGAUGAGAAUGUGGGCUGGGAAGGUGGCUUCUUCGCCGGCAUGUUCUGGAGCUUGGGAAAGCCGACCAGUGUCCCAGCUACAGCUGUUGAGACGCCUGAUACGAAUCUACCACCUACAAACGAAGCUCUGCGACUACGACAGCUUGUCGGACGAGCAUACCUGAUGGAUCUCGCGGUUCUAGGGAAGGCUAGUGAUCGUCUUGUGUGCACAGUUAGUAGUAUGGGCUGCAAGAUACUGGCUGUUAUGAUGGGAUGGGAGGCGGCUAUUGAUCAGGGCAAGUGGGUCAAUAUCGAUGGCGAUUUCGAGUGGAGGGGUGUGUCUUGGUGA